CGGGCGCCGGGUGGAGCCGACCGGGCCACAACUUCCCUGCACCUCACUUUCGUGGAACGUGACUGAGCUGCUUCAGCCGACAGCUGGCAGCUCUCUGUUAGGAGGCUGUUGGUGGGAGAUGACGGUGAUUUCCUCCGUUUGGCCCACUGCAAGCACCGACUCCCUUCACUGCGUGGCCCCGGGGCUGCAGACGUAGCAGCUUCUACUUCAACUAUGGGUACCUAUACCAGCAGGUAGCUUUCCCAGGAUAUAAUUUGAUGCUUGCUUGCUAAAUUUCAGAGAUCUGAUUGGAGUUGGAGAGUGAAAGAAAAUGAAUUCUUUUUCUGAUUUACCUACCGAGAACUUAACUGUAGCAGUCAAUGUGACCAGCACUUUACCCUCAACAAUAAUGCCUGGAUUUAAUUCUACCAGUGACUCACCUUCAAUGUCAGUAACAAGGCUCUUUCCAGCCUUACUAGAAUGCUUUGGCAUAGUCUUUUGUGGCUACGUAGCAGGAAGGGCCAAUGUCAUAACAUCAACACAGGCCAAAGGACUGGGAAAUUUUGUCUCCAGAUUUGCACUUCCAGCUUUGUUAUUCAAAAACAUGGUUGUGCUUAAUUUUUCCAAUGUGGACUGGUCUUUCUUGUAUAGCAUCUUAAUUGCCAAAGCCUCUGUAUUUUUUGUUGUAUGUAUACUAACCUUAUUAGUUGCCAGCCCUGAUAGUCGAUUUAGUAAAGCUGGACUAUUCCCUAUUUUUGCUACACAAAGUAAUGACUUUGCAUUGGGAUAUCCUAUAGUUGAAGCUUUAUAUCAAACUACAUACCCAGAAUAUCUCCAGUACAUUUAUCUGGUGGCACCAAUAUCUCUUAUGAUGUUAAACCCUAUAGGGUUCAUUUUCUGUGAAAUCCAGAAGUGGAAAGACAGUCAAAAUGCUUCUCAAAACAAAGUAAAAAUUGUGGGACUUGGACUUCUGCGAGUAUUACAGAACCCAAUAGUAUUUAUGGUCUUCGUUGGCAUUGCCUUCAAUUUUAUUCUUGACCGAAAGGUGCCCGACUAUAUGGAAAACUUUCUUGAUGGACUUGGAGAUUCUUUUUCCGGAGCAGCUCUAUUUUACCUUGGUCUUACAAUGGUAGGAAAAAUAAAGAAACUGAAGAAGUCAGCAUUUGUUAUUCUAAUUCUUCUCAUCACAGCUAAACUCCUGGUGUUGCCAUUGCUGUGCAGAGAAAUGGUGGAGGUCUUGGACAAGGGUGACAGUGUAGUGAACCAUACAAGUUUAUCAAAUUACGCAUUUUUGUACGGUGUCUUUCCUGUCGCACCGGGAGUGGCCAUCUUUUCAACGCAGUUCAACAUGGAAGUAGAGAUUAUAACCUCAGGGAUGGUAAUAAGCACAUUUGUGUCUGCACCAAUCAUGUAUGUUUCUGCCUGGUUACUGACCUUUCCCUCAAUGGACCCUAAGCCUUUGGCUUAUGCCAUCCAGACUGUUAGUUUUGAUAUAAGUAUUAUCAGCCUGGUCUCCUUGAUCUGGUCUCUGGCUAUUCUUCUUCUGAGUAAAAAAUAUAAACAGCUUCCUCAUAUGCUUACAACUAAUUUACUCAUCGCUCAGUCUGCUGUCUGUGCUGGAAUGAUAAUAUGGAAUUUUGUUAAAGAAAAAAAUAUUAUUGGACAAAUUCUGGUGUUUGUUCUAUUGUACAGCUCCCUCUAUAGCACCUACCUAUGGGCAGGACUUCUAGCAAUUUCCUUGUUUUUUCUGAAAAAGAAAGAGAGGGUACAAAUUCCGGUUGGAAUCAUCAUAAUAUGUGGCUGGGGAAUCCCUGCUCUCCUCAUUGGUGUUCUUUUGAUAACUGGAAAACAUGAUGGAGACAGCAUCGACUCAGCCUUCUUUUAUGGGAGAGAACAGAUGAUCAUCACAUCAGUCACCCUGUUCUGCAGCAUCAUGACGGCCAGCAUAUCACUCAUGUGUAUGAACCGCAGCACCCAAGCGGGGCGCUACGAAUGUUUCAACCAGUCUCAGAGCCACAAAGCCGUGGAGUCUGGGAACACUGCUUUUGAGGAGAGUCCAGCGCCGAUAAAUGAACCCUUACCUUUUACAACUUCUAUGCCAGAAACAAGUUGCUGCUCCUGCUCCAUGGAAAAUGGAGGGUCCUGCUGCAUGUCCACAGAGCCAGUAAGAAACACAAACCCUGGUGGACCUGGGACUCCUUCAUUUAAGAAAAAUGAUCAUUGUGUGAGUUGCUGUAACUCCCAGAACUGCAUAUUAGCCCAGGAAGAAGAGCACUAUCUACAGAGUGGAGACCAGCAACUGACUCGACAUGUGUUGCUGUGUUUACUUCUCAUUAUUGGCCUGUUUGCUAAUCUUUCCAGUUGUUUGUGGUGGCUGUUUAACCAAGAGCCUGGGAGACUGUAUGUUGAGUUACAGUUUUUCUGUGCCGUGUUUAACUUUGGCCAGGGAUUUAUUUCCUUUGGCAUCUUUGGAUUGGACAAACAUUUAAUCAUCCGACCUUUCAAAAGAAGACUUAGAUUUCUGUGGAACAGUAAAGAAACAGCAGAAAACAGGGAUUCUCCUGUUCCUGAAGAAAUAAAAAUGACCUGUCAACAAUUUGUCCAUUAUCACCGUGACCUCUGUAUCCGAAAUAUUGUCAAAGAAAGGAGGUGUGGUGCAAAGACUUCUGCCGGGACCUUCUGCGGCUCUGACCUGGUGAACUGGCUCAUUGAAGUUGGCCUUGCCUCUGACCGUGGCGAAGCUGUGAUAUAUGGAGAUAGACUGGUGCAAGGGGGAGUCAUCCAACACAUCACCAAUGACUACGAAUUUCGGGAUGAGUACUUGUUUUACAGAUUUCUUCAAAAGAGUCCUGAGCAGAGUUCUCCUGCUAUUAAUGCAACCACUCCCCAGCAGGAAAAUUAAAGAAAUCGAGCCUCCAUCCCUGUCCCCUACAAUGUAAAUUAUGAAGGAGAGGACCCCACAUGAGGUCAUAUUCUAGCCCCAGAUCUAUUACUUUAGUAGGUAACCUAGGGCAAAUCACGACCUCUUUGACCCUCAGGUAUCUCCUCUAAAAUGUGAUGAGAUGCACUCCCACCCAUGCUAACAUUCUGUGUUUUGUGUGUAUGUAAAACCCACAGGAAACUGACUUAGAAAAAAGAAAAACAAAUCAAAAUUUUAAGUUCUGAAUGAAUAUAGUAAUUACUAAUUGUUAAAUAAUUAUUUAAAACCAAUUAUGCCAAGAUUUUAAAACAUUGCCUCCUGCAGCUGUUUGCUGUAAUUCAAAAUCAACAUCCAAUUUACUACUUCUUUAAAUUGCCAAAUUUGGCAGCUUUAUUUUUGGAAGAAAAUGGACCUUAAACUAUCAUAACUUUGCACCUAUUGAUAGCACCUCCUAAAAAAGAAUUUUGCUGAUUCUAAUAAGAAGCCUUGGUAUUACAUUUUCCUAUUUCCUUGACAAACAGUAAUCAUUAAUAACUGGAAACAUAAUUUUUUUAAGGUUCAUCUUUUCUGGCUUUUCUAUCCAGAGUAUUAACCUGUGCCAUUAGGAGAGGAAUAAGAAUUUCCAUAAACUUUAUCACCUACAAAAUCCAUCAACAGAAGUAUAAUCUUUAACAUUUGUGCUAAAAAUCGUAAUUUGAGCAGAUUUGUUUAAAUUUUAUCAACAAAAUUAUUACCUUGUGACGUAUCAUUUCUGAUGUUUGCACAGAAGCAUCAUGGUGCAGAAGGAUAACCUCACUACCUUAUUCCUCGCAGUUAAAAAAAAAGAAAAAAUUAUAUAUUUCAAGCCAAGAUUUUAAGGUCCUAAGCCUAACAUUCUACUUUUACAUUUAGAAUUUAGUUUUUCUUGUGUCCACAUAUAAAAAUCAAUUAACUUAAAACUUACUAAAUGUCGCCCUCAGAUAAGCUUUCUGUUCUUCAGUAAAUUAGAGAGAGAGCCCCAAGAUCUUUGAGUCUCUACAUAGUAUCAGUUUUGCUUUAACUUAUUUAAAACAUGUUUUAAAUAUUUAUCUCAUACUUUUAGUGUCUCAUUUAAAAGUCAUUUAGAAAAUAAUGUAAGGGUUAAAUCAUUUAAUAUGUAAUUUUCUUAAAACCUGCAUGGAAGCCUAAUGACCUUAACAAGUACAGGCACACCUUGGAGAUUUGCGGGCUAGGUUCCAGACCACCAUAAUAAAGCAACUAUCACAACAAAGUGAGUCACAUAAAUUUUUGGUUUCCCAGUGCAUUAUAAAAGUUAUGGUUACCCUACACUGUAGUCUAGUAGAUGUACAAUAGCAUUAUGUCUGAAAAACAAUGCAUGUACUGUCAUUAAAACAUACUUCAUUGCAAUAAAAUGCUAGCCAUCUGAGCCUUUAGCGAGUCAUAACCUUUUUACUAGUGGAGGGUCUUACCUUCAAUUUGCAAAAACCACGGUAUCUGUGAAGUGCAAUAAAACAAACCUCAAAAAAAACCCCAAGGUAUGCCUGUAAAUUAUUCUUUAGUGUGUAUGUAGUAUUAACCUGUACUGAUUUUAAGUUAUGAUUAGAGAAUUGCGAUGUUUUUCAGCAGAACUGUCUUGCUGCUGAACUCUUUUUUUCUUAAAUAUGACCACAGUGUAACUCUCAGAGUGCCCAGGCAAUAGCAUAAAACUGCAUUGCUGGGCCAAGAGACCGUCAUCGCUACAGCAAUGGGGAUAUUAACUCACAUGCAUGCAGGCAACUCAGACUCAAGUGGAGGAUUUAUUGUGUUUGUGAACAAGUCAUAUUAUAUAUGUUCUAUUAUUUGCACGAAGGGAAUCGGCAGCAUCUUUUUCCAUGGGAGAUAUUAAAAGAAAACCCUGGGUUGGAAUGAUCUGCAGUUUCUGAAAAUGAAGGCUUUUAAGAGAGGUUUUUAGGAUUAAGGAUAUGCUAAUUUUAUUAAAUGAAAAUAUUUGUAACUUCUACUCUCUCACUGACAAAGCAAGUUUCUCAAUAAAAUACCUAUUUUAAAUCACA